ACCGCUUGUUUGGGUGUUGUCUGGGCACUUUCGUACGACCAUGUCUUGUUUGUUCAUAAUAAUGGAUCAGGAGGUGGAGUUUAUAAAGACAUAACUGGUGUUAACAGCAAUUGCAAUCCCAUGUCAGAUACGAUGUCUUUUUACUGCUAUGAAAACCAACGGUGGAAUCCAUUGUCAGGACUGCCCACUGAUCGGUAUAUGUGGAGCGAUGAGACCGGAAAGCAUGAGUUAAUUAAAGACAACAUCAAACUGCCGUCAAAACAGUGGCAAUGGAUGAAUGACUGGAGCGUCGAUUUCUCACUGCCCGAUGGCGUAGACUCGGAGGGCUGGCAGUACUCCAUCGACUUUCCAUUUGACUAUCAUUCGGACCGAAAGUUUACAGAUUAUGUCCGCAGAAGACGAUGGUUUCGCAAGUGCCGAUUCACGACAACCGGCCCCUGGACUGACAUUCCCGGGGCCUCUAUAAUUAGUGCAUCCAUUUAUUGUUCAAAAUGUGAUAUCAAACCCAAUGAAGAAGUAAUACUCAACGCGUGGGCCGUUUCGGGAGACGGCGACGCUUUGUGUCGGUUAGGAGUGAGCCCUCUGUGUCCGCGCGGUCUCUCCUGGCAACACGUGUCGUGCGAACAGCCCUUUGUUGACAUAAGUGUCGGCGGAAAUGACACUUUCAUUCAAGUUUGGGCCACAGCUAGGGAUGGAUCCGCGUUCUUAAGGCACGGAAUCAGUCGCACGUCUCCGGCCGGCACCGUCUGGUUUCACAUCGAGUCGCCCCGACCUCAGUGUCCACUCAAACGGGUUUGUGUCGGAAAGUCGAGCGUCUGGGCCAUCGAUGAGAAGUUCAGACUUUGGUUUCGGGAAGAAAUAGUUCCCACUUUUCCGGAGGGAACCCAUUGGAAGAAAGUAGACGAUUGUGUCCAUAAGAUUAGUGUUAAUAAUUGCAACGAAUUGUGGGCUAUUGUCGGCACUCAACACAACGACUCAUUUGUUUAUAAAAUUGCCAAAAGGAUAGGCAUUUGUGAUGAACUCCGGGUCGGAUCCGAUUGGCAGAUAUUUAUAUUUACUUCAAUAUUG